AUGCGGAGGUUACCAAAGCUGAAGAGUAGAUAUCAAAGGAAAGCUCAGGUCGUCGAGGAAUCGAAGAAAGCUGCUGUUGUCCCAACUUCACAACCACCAACCGGUUCUGCUCCAGACUUUCAAGGUUUCAAACAAUCCUCUCAGCCUUCAUCAUCUCGUCCAACAGUAACCUCCCCUCAACCUCUGCGCGCCCUUGAUUGUCGACCGUCACGCGGCACAAGCGGUCGUAACAGAUCACCCAGCUCUUCCGCAACCGCCUUUUCGGACCUUGCGAAAGAAGGAAGGAAACAACUCAAUCACCUCAUUGGGUUCCUGGGCAAGGGUGAAUCUGUCAAUGCUGGUAGCGGGGGGAAAGGAAAACCACGCAUUGAGAAUUGUUCACACCAAAAGAGAGCUUGA